AUGGUUUCCAAGACAACCAACUUGACAGGAUAUUCCGUGUCGGAGAUUUGUGGGAAUGUGUCUUUUGUCUUUGUCUGUGUUGCCUACCUGAACACGGAUAUUCUGAUGCUUCGAGUGCUCUCCACAGGGUCGAUUGCGCUCUCCAUCCUCUUUCAGUACUACCGAGCCAUUCCACUGUGGAUCCCCAUUCGAUGGAAUGUCUUGUUGCUGGCCAUCAAUUCCGUCAUGACCGUUUCGCUGAUUGCGGAACGACAAAUGGCCAACAAUAUGCCGGGGGAAUUGGCAGGGACUUAUACCAACGGACUGUUUGAAGCACGGGGGCUCAGCAAAGUGGAGUUUGUGCGAUUGUUUUCGAGGGCACAAAAAAUCACCUUGCGAAAGAGGGAGAAACUGGCACAGGAUGGGCAAGUCAAUCGGAGGUUAUUCUUUGUGGUCGAGGGGGCCGUCCAGAUUCAACAACGAGGGAAACGAAUUGCCAAGGUGACACCCUACCAUUUCAUUGGCGAAAUGUCCUUUUUGCACUUUUUACUCGAUGACGAGUGCCCAACCACUUCCAAGAAGAAGUGUCCAGACACCAUGGCGACAGCCGAUGCCGUGGCAGAAACAGAUACGGUGGUCGCCUACGUUUGGGAUUUUGAGAAUCUCCGAGACUACCUACAGGGGGAACGAGAAGUACGCAAUGCUCUUUCGGCAUACAUGAACUAUGAUCUGCGGGCCAAGUUGUCAUUGCUUAAUACUACCGCCGCCAGGAGAAGAACGUCGCAUAAAAAUAAAAAGUUGUAA